AUGAAGUUUGGCAGUCAACUAAGAGCGGCCUUAUAUGAUGAAUGGGCCGAAUAUUAUGUUGAUUAUGACGGACUGAAGAAACUUCUUAAACGUGGAAUUAAUAAAGAAGGUGGAUAUACUGGAAAAGACGAAACGGAAUUUGUCGAAAAGUUAGAUAAAGAGCUUGAAAAGGUCUACUCUUUUCAAAAUUCUAAAUAUGAAGACAUCAAAAGUAAAGUUCAACAAUGUGAAAAUUCUGUAAACUCAAUAAGCAAAGAUUCAUCAUCGAAUGCGUCAGAACGCUAUAUUGAGAUAGAACAACAAAUUAACGAUAUUACCGAAGAAUUGAAUGAAUUAGCCAAGUAUAAUAGUUCAAGUUUAUCAAAUCUUCCUUCUGUACCAGCUUCAAGUGCUGCGUUACCAUCUCGAGAAAGAUUUAUGCGUCAAUCUCAUAAAUAUUGGAUUCAUCCGGAUAAUGUUAUGGAAGUUAAAACCACCAUUCUGCGUAACCUUCCAGUUUUAAUAUAUAAACCGGGAACUGAUGCUUCUGUUACAUCAAUAUAUUUUGAUAAUGAAGCGUUUGAACUUUAUCAAGAUAAGGUUGAUCGUAAACCUGGGGAUCAACUCAUCAGAUUGCGUUGGUUUGGUAAUAAAGAAUCGACAAAUGAAAUAUUUGUUGAAAGAAAAAUUCGAGAACAAGGAGAAGAAGAAAUUAAAGAUCGGUUUUUGAUAAAAGAAAAAUAUGUUGAUGGAUUUUUGAAAGGUACUUAUUCAAUGGAUAAGACGAUCAAGAAAAUGAAGGAAAACCCUGGUAAGACCGAGGAUGAUGUAGAAAAUUUCCAGGCAUUGGUUAAAGAUAUUCAGGAUAUCAUUAAGGAAAAGAAUUUGCAACCAGUAAGAAUCUCACUCGAUACUGAAUACUAUAUGAUUCGCGAAGAUAAUUUUGGUGCAAAACGUCGUCAAGGUGAUGCUUGGCGUCGAACGGAUAUAGACGAUGCUGAUUUUGGAAAAUUAUCUCAAUCUGAAUGUACCAAGUUCCCUUACGCUAUCCUAGAGAUUAAACUUAAUUUGGACGGUGAACAAGAACCAAAUUGGGUCAAAGAAUUAAUUAAAAGCGGUUUGGUCGAAGAAGCACCACAAUUUUCAAAGUAUGUUCAUGGUGUUGCAACUUUGUUCACUUCCCAAGCACCUUCUUUACCGUAUUGGUUGCCCAAUAUCGACAAAGACAUUCUUAAACCAAGUGCACGUCAAUCAUCCGAGGAAUAUGAUGAAGAUUAUGAUGAAGGGACGUCAUCUGCAUUAUAUGGUAUUAAUCAAGAACGCGCAAAACGUUCGGGAAAAAAUAUAAUUGAUAUCGAUUCCAGGGACAGGAGGGAUAAAGGAAAAGCCGUUGAAGUUUAUAAGGAUGAUGAUGAAGAUGAACAAUUUGAUGAAAAUCAACCUUUAUUAGGAGCUGAUGAAGGUUUAAAUAUACGUGAUAAUAGACCUAUUGGCGGACUCGAUCAGAUAGAGUAA